CUUGAUAACCGUAGGCGCCCAUAUACAAGCAGGCUUCGACACCCUUAGUCAUUUGAAACUCCGGCCCAAGAUUGACGCAAUCGAAUUUCCCGAUUUCGUAACUAUCUCUCUUGCCACCAUCAUCCUCUUUCCGCCGGCUUCCUCCUGCGGGCUCUUGCCUUCGUCGUCUUCUCAGUUGCCAUCCCAUCCGUACAAAGGGACAUCCGCUGCAUUAUGAACACCAAUCUGGAGGAGGCCGCUACCAUAGCGGCGGAAUACAUAUCCAGUUUGGACAAUCUCCCUGCCGAGACACAACACUUGCUAGCAGAGAUAAGGCAUCGUGAUUCACGCACGCAAGAGCUGCAGCAAGAGAUACAGAAGGACGGUGGCAAGUAUGUGCGACACUCGCUCAAGAACCCUGGACAGCCUCUCGGCGCGAAAGAUGGCGCAAUUCCUCAGAAUAUCGCUGCCCAAUAUGCUGAGAUCGACCAACUAGCCUCCGAGAAGAUUGCUCUUGCAGAACGAAUGGUACAGCUGAUACAGCGUGCCCGGGCUCGGUUGGACCAUGACCUCAGCAAGGUGCUCGUCUUGCAAGGCGAGCCCGCUCCCGAGAUUCAGACGAGCUACUCGUUUGGCCAAGGCUCGCGAAAUCCCGCGGAAAGAAUCAACGAGAGUUUGCGCAACGCCAUCGCCAUUCCCGAGGCCCCGCCCGCACCUUCGGUGAGCGCAGCACCACCGCAAAAGAAACGGAGGAUAGCCGCGGCCGCAUCGGCGGGAAGCAUCAAGCUGCCGAGCCCCGCGCCCAUGCCAGCGGGCGCCUACGGCGCAGGGCGGUCGAGGGCGUCGCAGCAGACCCGACAGUCCCCUGCGCGCUCGCGCCGAGUCACGGCAUCCGCCGGGCUGGAUGCAGACGAGGAUGCAGAGGGCGAAGACGAUCUCGAGAUGGAAGAAGGCGGGGACGCAGAAGAUAAGGAUUUGUACUGCAUUUGCCAGAGAAUGUCUUACGGCGAGAUGAUUGCUUGCGACAAUCCCAAUUGCCGCUUCCAAUGGUUCCACCUAGAUUGCGUUCAUCUGAAGUCACCACUGCCAGAGAGCUGGUAUUGUGAUGACUGUCUUGCAACGAUGAAGAAGGGCACGGUGGGCGCUGCGAGCGCUGGACGGAAAGGAAGGAAGAAAUGAAGAGGUUCGCCACAAAGGUGCGCUCGGGGGGCUGAAACACAGAAGGGCGCGCCCUUGCGUAAUGGGCCGCGAGCGCCGUGGAAGGAGUGUGCGGUGUGCGGUGGCAGCUUGGGCGGGC